UACGAUGCAGCUGGCGGCGGGAGUGCGGGAGCGCGUCGCGGCGGUGCACGGCGCCGCGGAGCUGUCGGAGCGGCUGCGGCUGUACGACGGCUGGGCCGGGAGCUACGAGCAGGAUGUGGCCGCGCUCGAUUACCGCGCGCCGUACCUGGCCGCCGCCUCGCUCGCCUUCGCCUUCCCCUGGCCGCCCGCCGGGGCGCGGGUGCUGGACGUGGCGUGCGGCACCGGGCUCGUAGCGCGGGAGCUGCACCGCCGCGGGUUCCGCUGCCUGCACGGCGUGGACGGCAGCGCCGGGAUGCUGGAGCUGGCGCGGGGCACCGGACUCUACCGGCAGCUGCAGCGCUGCGAGCUGGGCCGGGAGCCGCUGCCCGCGCCCGCAGAGCACUACGACGCCGUGACGCUGGUGGGGGCUCUGGGCGAGGGGCAGGUGCCGAGCUCCGCGCUGCCGGAGCUGCUGCGUGUCACCAGGGCAGGGGGCUUCCUGUGCCUGACCACCCGCAGCAACCCCUCGAACCGGCGGUACCGGGCGGAGCUGGAGGCCGCGCUGCGGCACCUGGAGCAGCGGGGCGCGUGGCAGCGCGUGCUGGCACAAGAGGUGCCGCGCUGGGAGAGGGCCACCUCCGAGGAGGAGGAGAGCAUCCAGGGCAGCGGUUACAUCUCCGGCGUGGUCUUCAUCUACCGCAAGUGCCCCAUCCCGCCCCCCGAGGACGGCUGAGACACCCGGAAGGGGCCCAGCGCAGCGCCUGGUGCUGUGCCACCCCGCAGGUGUCCCCCGUCCGAUGGCCGUGCCACCCCCUCCUGGCACCACGUUCAAACACCGGGGCUCCUUCCCAGCACCUCAGUUCCUGUCCACACCGUGACGCCCCGCAGGCCCCUCCGGCUGCACAGAGCCACCCCUGUGUCCUCGAGGUGCCCACCUCCCUCACAGCCAUGGUCAGGAUCCAGGUGGAUCCUGCCCCAUCACCCCUGUUCCAGACCCCGGCUCUGUGCCCAGAGGUGUCCCCGUGGCCACGUCCUGCAGUGACACCCCCCGACCCUACACACCGAGGUGCCAGAGACUGACCGCACCAGGAGCAGUUGUGACAGCACGACGCCCGCCCGGGGAAGUUUCCAAGCACCGUCAGCCUUUCAUCCUGCUGCACCUGCUUAAGCCCUCAUUUUCCUAUGGCUUUGUAGCUAAUGGGCUGGGUGGGAAAUGAACCUGGAAGAGGCUUCAGGGUGGCUGUUCCCCACCCUGGAGCCGCCCGGCAUCUCCUGCCCAUCCUGUUCCCCGCGCCCCUCGCGUGGUGCCUCCACCCCUUCCUCCUCCGCUGCUUCCUUGGGAAGUUUUUUACCCAAAUCUCCCACUGGAAUCUUUUUUUUUUCCUUCCCGCAGACCUGCUGCUGCUUGUCACAUUCCCAUGGAUGUGAGGAGCAUCCGUGUGAUUUCCUUCCUUGCUGCAGCUCAGCCCCAUUGGAGCAGUGGCUCUGCAGCUGUCAGGCCACACAGCGCUGUGUGCUCAUCCUGGUGCCACCGCUGCAGGAGCUGAGCCCACAGCUUUGGUGCAUCCAAGCACCCCAGGCUGGAUGUGCUGAAUGCAUUUUGUCCCCAGUACGUGUCACCCUCCCUGGCUGGGCUCUGGUGUGCAUUGUCUUCCCAUGUCCUGGUGUUGUGGUGCCAGCCCCCGCUUCCCCUCGGUGUCACAGGCACUGUCUCUUUGUCCCCAGCACUGCCCCUGAGGUGGGUGGCUGGGGCUCAUGGCUGUCCCUGUCCCAUGCUUGGCUAUUGAAUAAACCCUGUGUGCACUGCA